AAGGUUGGAGACCCCUGUUAUAAAGUAUUUCCAUCCAUGAAUGGCAGUAACUUUUUGCUGACAGAAUUGCAGUGAUUGGUUUUCUUAAGAAUUGAAUACAGACGGCUGUUACAUGUGUUUUACUAACUUGUUCAUAAUUUCCCAUAAACCAUUUGCUCUCAAAAUAGUACUCCAAACCCAGUUGGCUGCCUCUUUCUAAAUCUGAAUCCAUGGCUCAUUUCAAAAAUAGGACCAGAAGCACCAGCGGUACCACCAGUAUGUAAAACCACUCGGCACGCACAUAGUUAUGGGAGCUCUGGCCUGAACUUGAAGGUAGAAGGAAAAGAUGGGGAAGCUAAGGUAGAAAUGAUGGCAUUUAAAACCUUUUCUGAGUUUUGAAGAAAUCUGAAACACCUGCCAAAGUCAACAAAACACAAACCAUUUCAACAGAUUUUUCAGAAUAGAAUUGAAUAGAAUUUUUAUUGGCCAAGUGUGAUUGGGCACACAAGGAAUUUGUCUUGGUGCAUAGGCUCUCAGUGUACAUAAAAAAAAAGAUACCUUCAUCAAGGUACAACAUUUACAACACUUAAUGAUAGUCAUAGGCUACAAAUAAGCAAUCAGGAAACAAUCAAUAUCAAUACAAAUCAUAAGGAUUACCAGUAACAAAGUUACAGUCAUAUAGUCAUAAGUGGAAGGAUUUGGGUGAUGGGAACGAUGAGAAGAUUCAUAGUAGUGCAGAUUUAGUAAAUAGUUUGACAGUGUUGAGGGAAUUAUUUUUUUAGCAGUGUGAUGGCCUUCGGGGAAAAACUGUUCUUGUGUCUAGUUGUUCUGGUGUGCAGUGCUCUAUAGCGUUGUUUUGAGGGUAGGAGGUGAAACAGUUUAUUCUAUUCUAUUCUAUUCUAUUAUCUUGUCUGGACCUGGAGCUUUUCCUGGCUUUUGUCUGUGAAAUAGGUCCUGCACUUCCUUUUCUGCGAUCACUAGGGGUUGUGAACCCAAUGGGAUGGGGUCAGUUGUAGGAGGCUUGGCUGUUGUUGGUGUGUCUGAGAUGGGGGUUGUGGAGAUAGGUGGCUCUAGUUUCCUUUCAAACCUGCAGUAAAACUCAUUCAGGUCAUCUGCCAGUUGUUGAUUUCCUUCAGCCUGGGACUCAAAAUAAGACCCAUUUCCUGAUUCAUAUUUAUCCCACAUAUCUUAAAAAUGGCUGAGGUUGAGAAACGCUGCUGUGGAAUCAAACUUACUGUUUGUAAACAUAACAGUAAUAUACUUAUUACACCAUGGGGUCUCCUUUCCGCCAAAGGAUGCUUUGGUUCCAGAUUGUAGCCAUUCCAUAGCAGUCUUAAUCAAAUGAAGUAGCUUUUUCCACUCUCCCAAUGCUCCAAGACUACAAUUGUUGCAACUCUUCUGGAGAGCAUCAAGUUGAAGGCUUUUAUUUAUUUAUUUUAUAUGGCGUAACAAAAUACAGCAUUAAUGCAUAAAAUUCACAAAAUAGCAUAUAAAGUGUGUAAAAAUAGAUAAAACACCAGAACAGUGAAUUAGUUUAAAAGUAUGAAUGAUGAAUACAAUUAAAUUAUGUAUGAGCAGUUACUACAAUGGCCGGAUAUCUAAAUCAUUUAGCCAUUGGACAGCACUGCCUUCAAGAUGACAUAGUUCUUGCAGGGAUCCAGGGAACCUCCUGAGGGGGCGUUCUGUCACAAUAUAAUGUAAAGUUUGUGGGACAUUCCCACAGUCACAGUAUUAUCAACCAGCCCCCAGUUGUAUUUCCAAUAUUGGCACCUGCCAUGGUUGCUUUAGAUCUGGUUGAGCGCUGUCCAGUUUUUCCUUGGAAGAUCAAAGCCAAAGGGGCAUUGUAAUGGAUCAGUGGAGGUGGCUGAAUGGCAAGAAAAUGCAGGUCAUGGACUUGUUUUUUCCUGCCGGAAGGGAUGUGACUCUACAAUUAUUCUUCCAGCUCUUAGACUUUAUGCUUCUGCCACAGCUGUCAUUGAAUGGCAGUUUUAGGGAUGAUUCGACUGCAGACCUAAGCACAUGCUUUGUUGAUGUCCAGCUCCUGGCAUUGCUCCAUUUUCAAAAUAACAAGUGAUCUGCUCUGGAGCGAGCCUGGGUUGCAUUCUCAGGUGUCAGAUUGUCAAGCUGCUACUUUAAAUGACCAUGGCUGACCAGUGCGUUUCACUGGGCCCUAAAGAUCUCGGACCCUCGACUGAAGACAGUCCCAGUGUUCAAGAUUUAGAGCAGCUGCUGAAUACUGGGAGCCCUUCCUGCCACCACACUGACGAAGUGUGGCCUAAUCUUUUCUUAGGAGAUCACGUAACAGCGCAUAGCAGAUUUGACUUAUGGAAAAUGGGGAUUAGUCACAUUUUAAAUGCAGCCCACGGCACUCUAUAUUGCCAAGAGUCACAUGACUUUUAUGGCACUACGAUUGAAUACCAUGGCGUACCAGCUCACGAUCUUCCCAGUUUUGAUAUAAGCCUAUAUUUUUACUCUUCUGCGGAGUUUAUACACAAGGCUUUGACUACACCCGGAGGCAAAAUCUUUGUCCACUGUGCCUUUGGGAUAAGCAGGUCCUCCUCUUUGGUGCUGGCAUACCUUAUGAUUUACCAUCAUUUCUCAUUGGUUAAAGCGAUACAGACAGUAAAAGAACAUCGCUGGAUCUUCCCUAAUCGAGGUUUCCUGAAACAAUUAAGAAAUUUGGACCUUCAGCUAAGAAAAAAACUGAACAAAUAAAGAAAUGGAAUAU